AUGUUUGGCGCGGCUGCUUCCACCACUGUCGCCACCACCGCCGCCAAUACUGCCCAAGCUGCGCGCGCUAGCCUACUCUGUGUCUUUCAAAGGAAUACUCUUGCUUCCUCUUCUUCUUUCUAUCAGCCGAUUUCGUGUUUUCAGGUUCAUUCUCGGUCGCUUCGCUCGAGCUGUGGUGGCCCUUUCAGAGCCAUGGCUGACUCCCAAACCCUUUCUGUUCCAAGCAACGAGGCGCAAUCGUCCUCUCCCGGCAACAAGCAGGCACUCAUAUCUUUAUCGGACAAGAAGGACCUGGCGUUUCUUGGUAAUGGGCUUCAAGAAUUGGGAUAUACAAUUGUUUCAACUGGAGGAACUGCUUCUGCCUUAGAAAAUACUGGUGUCUCCGUAACUAAAGUGGAACAGCUUACAUGCUUCCCAGAAAUGGUAAUCUGAUUCUUAUGUUGGAGAUAUUUCUCAAGUUGUCUUUUCCAUUUUCUUUCUUAUUUCCGUCUGUCUAUGGACAUGGUCACUUGGAUUUAUUUAUAGGAGAUACUAAAUAAGUUUUAAGUGAUUACCACAUUCUGGCAACAAAAAUUAUGACUUACAUGUUGCAUCUUUAGCUUGAUGGUUAACUGCUUAGAUUUUAAAAUUUGUCGGUGGACAACAAUGUGAGCUUUGCAACUUUUUUUUUUUUAAUUCUUUUUUACUCCUUUCCCCCACCUUCUACCCAAAAAACUGACAGAUUAAUUUAUCAAGCAUGGAUGGUAAUAGAAAAAAAAAAAAAAAAAUCCCUAAUGGUCUUUGCAGCUUGAUGGUCGUGUGAAAACCUUACAUCCCAAUAUACAUGGGGGUAUUCUUGCUAGAAGAGACCAAAAGCAUCACAUGGAAGCUCUUAACAAACAUGGAAUUGGUACAUUUGAUGUGGUGGUGGUGAACUUGUACCCUUUUUAUGAUAAGGUUACUUCCACUGAGGGAAUCAGUUUUGAGGAUGGAAUUGAGAAUAUUGACAUUGGUGGCCCUGCCAUGAUUAGAGCUGCUGCAAAGAAUCACAAGGAUGUCUUGAUUGUUGUUGAUUCACAAGACUAUCCUGCACUUCUAGAGUUUCUAAAAGGAAAUCACAAUGAUCAACAGUUCCGUAUAAAGCUUGCUUGGAAGGCUUUUCAGCAUGUUGCUUCUUACGAUUCUGCAGUUUCAGAGUGGCUAUGGAAACAGACUGUUGGAGAUAAAUUCCCUCCCAGUUUAACAGUGCCAAUUUCUCUCAAAAGUUUGCUUCGCUAUGGAGAAAAUCCUCAUCAGAAGGCUGCAUUUUUUAUUGACAAAAGCCUUUCUGAGGUCAAUGCUGGUGGCAUUGCAACAGCUAUUCAACACCAUGGGAAGGAGAUGUCAUAUAAUAACUAUCUAGAUGCAGAUGCUGCUUGGAAUUGUGUGUCAGAGUUUAAGAACCCUACAUGUGUGAUUGUAAAGCACACAAAUCCCUGUGGGGUAGCCUCACGUGAUGAUAUCCUUGAAGCAUAUAGGCUAGCUGUGAAAGCAGAUCCAGUGAGUGCGUUUGGAGGAAUUGUGGCCUUCAACACAGAAGUUGAUGAGGCUCUUGCUAAGGAAAUUCGAGAGUUUAGAAGCCCAACAGAUGGUGAAACUCGGAUGUUUUAUGAGAUAGUUGUGGCUCCAAGUUACACAAAGAAGGGCCUUGAGGUUCUCUGCGGAAAAUCAAAGACAUUGAGGAUCCUUGAGGCAAAAAUGAAUGAGAAAGGAAAGCUCUCUCUUAGACAAGUUGGUGGUGGGUGGUUGGCUCAGGAUUCAGAUGACUUAGUCCCUGAAGAUAUCCAGUUCAAGGUAGUGUCUGAGAAGAAUCCACCAGAAAGUGAGCUUCGUGAUGCGGAAUUUGCUUGGCUGUGUGUAAAGCAUGUUAAGAGCAACGCAAUUGUAAUUGCAAAGAACAAUUGUAUGCUGGGUAUGGGAAGUGGGCAGCCAAACCGUUUGGAGAGUUUGAGAAUAGCUUUGAGGAAAGCAGGUGAUGAGGUCAAAGGAGCUGCUUUGGCUAGUGACGCAUUCUUCCCAUUCGCUUGGAAAGAUGCUGUGGAAGAAGCCUGUGAAAGUGGGAUUGGAGUUAUCACAGAGCCUGGUGGGAGCAUUAGAGAUAAUGAUGCUAUAGACUGUUGUAACAAGUAUGGAGUCUCCCUGCUUUUCACUAAUGUGAGGCACUUUAGGCACUGACGCUUUUAUUUCUUUUUCCCUUUAAGGGCUCAACCUGUGCUCCUAUGAGACAUGAAAGUUUUGAUACCUCAUAAUAAUGUUAUCUUCGGAUAUUCCUCUAAAAGAGGUUGCAGAAGGAUGUGUAUGCCAUGAAUGCCUAAAUGCCUAGGAAUUUUUGAGAUUGUUCUUGAAUAAGAGAGAUGAUAUUUA